AUGGAUAAUAAAGAGAGCAUAAAAUUAUAUGUAAAAAAAGUAAUAGAGCAUAGAGAAAUAGAAAGUAAAGUAAAAAAGUUAAGAAUAGAUAUAAAAGAAUUAAAUAAAAAGUAUGAGAAAACUGAAGAUAAUUUAAAAGCAUUGCAAAGUGUUGGGCAAAUAAUAGGUCAAAUAUUAAAACAGUUGGAAGAAGAAAAAUUUAUAGUUAAAGCGUCAAGCGGACCUAGAUACGUUGUAGGAUGCAAAUCAAAAAUAAAUAAAAGUAAACUAGUAAUUGGUACUAGAGUAUCCUUAGAUAUGACAACAUUAACAGUGAUGAAAAGAUUACCUUGUGAGGUUGACCCUUUGGUAUUUAAUAUGAUAAGUGAUAUAGAUAAAAGUGAAAAUAGCAAAAAUAAAGUAAAUUAUAAUCAAAUAGGAGGAUUAAGUGAACAAAUUAGACAAAUGAGAGAGGUUGUAGAAUUACCAAUAUUAAAUCCAUAUUUAUUUAAAAGAGUAGGUAUUAAAACACCAAAAGGGGUUUUAUUAUAUGGACCACCAGGAACAGGAAAAACAUUAUUAGCUAGAGCUAUGGCAUCAAAUAUUAAUUGCAAUUUUAUGAGAAUAGUUGUAUCAGCUAUUGUUGAUAAAUAUAUAGGAGAAAGUGCUAGAAUUAUCAGAGAAAUGUUUAAUUAUGCCAAAGAGCAUCAACCUUGUAUUAUUUUUAUGGAUGAAAUUGAUGCUAUUGGUGGUAGAAGAUUUUCUCAAGGUACUUCAGCUGAUAGAGAAAUUCAAAGAACACUCAUGGAAUUAUUAAAUCAUUUAGAUGGUUUUGAAGAAUUAGGUAAUGUUAAAAUUAUUAUGGCUACUAAUAGACCAGAUGUUCUAGAUCCAGCUUUAAUUAGACCUGGUAGAUUAGAUAGAAAAAUUGAAAUUCCAUUACCCAAUGAAACAGCCAGAAUUGAAAUUUUAAAAAUUCAUGCAAGUAAAAUGACCAAACUUGGUGAUAUUGACUAUGAAUCUAUUUGUAGAUUGUGUGAUGGAUUCAACGGAGCUGAUCUAAGAAAUGUUUGCACUGAAGCUGGAAUGUUUGCAAUUAGAGCUAUGAGGGAUUAUGUCAUUGAAGAAGAUUUUUAUAAAGCUGCCAGAAAAAUUAACGAAGGAAAAAAAUUAGAAGGAAAAAUAGAAUAUGAAAAAAUUUGA